AUGGCUCUGGCCAAGGUGCCCGGGAGCUGCCUGCUCACCGUCCGUGUCCUGCAGGCCCACGGGCUGCCCUCCAAGGACCUCGUGACCCCCUCUGACUGCUACGUGACUCUCUGGCUGCCCACGGCCUCUAGCCAGAGGCUGCAGACGCGCACAGUGAAAAACAGCAGAAGCCCCAUCUGGAAUCAGAGCUUUCACUUCCGAAUCCACAGCCAGCUGAAGAAUGUUGUGGAACUGAGAGUCUUUGACCAGGACCUGCUGACCAAAGAUGACGCCGUGUUGUCAGUGCUGUUUGAUGUGGGGACCCUGCGGGUGGGCGAGUUCCGGCGGGAGAGCUUCUCACUGCGCGCCCAGGGUGAAGAGCGGCUGGAAGUUGAGUUUCGGCUGCAGAGUCUGACAGAAGGUGCCGAGCAACUGGCCAGCAAUGGCAUCUUGGUGGCCCGGGAGCUCUCCUGCCUGCAUGUGCACCUGACAGACAUGGGGGACCAGAAGGAGUCGGGGGGCAGGGUUCGGCUGGUGGUUCCCGGAGCCUGUGAGAGUCCACAGGAGGCCUCGGUGGGCUCCGGCCCCUUCCGCUUCCAUUGCCCAGCCUGCUGGGAGCAGGAGCUCCGUAUUCACCUGCAGGAUGCGCCCCAGGAGCAGCUGAAGGUGCCUCUGAAGGCGCUGCCCUCUGGCCAGUUGGUGCGGCUCGUCUUCCCCACGUCCCAGGAGCCCCUGAUGAGGGUGGAGCUGAAGAAGGAAGCAGGGCCAAGGGAGCUGGCGGUGCGCCUGGGCUGUGGGCUCUGCGCGGAGGAGCAGGCCUUCCUGAGCAGGCGGAAGCAGGUGGUGGCCAAGGCCCUGAAGCAGGCCCUGCAGCUGGACAGAGACCUGCAGGAGGACGAGGUCCCAGUGGUAGCUGUCAUGGCCACAGGGGGUGGGAUUCGGGCGAUGACCUCCCUGUAUGGGCAGCUGGCUGGCCUGCAGGAGCUGGGCCUCCUGGAUUGCGUCUCCUACAUCACGGGGGCCUCCGGCUCCACCUGGGCCUUGGCCAGCCUCUACGAGGACCCAGAGUGGUCCCAGAAGGACCUGGCAGGGCCCACUGACUUGCUGAAGACCCGGGUGACCAAAAGCAAGUUGGGCGUGCUGGCCCCCAGCCAGCUGCAGCGGUACCGGCGGGAGCUGGCCGAGCGCGCCGACCUGGGCCACCCGCCCUGCUUCACCAACCUGUGGGCCCUCGUCAAUGAGGCGCUGCUGCACGGCCAGCCCCGUGACCACAAACUCUCUGAUCAACGGGAGGCUGUGAAUCGGGGCCAGAACCCCCUGCCCAUCUACUGUGCCCUCAACACCAAGGAGCAGGGCCUGACCACUUUUGAAUUUGGGGAGUGGUGCGAGUUCUCCCCGUACGAGGUCGGCUUCCCUAAAUACGGCGCCUUCGUCCCUGCCGAGCUCUUCGGCUCCGAGUUCUUCAUGGGGCGCCUGGUGAAGCGGCUCCCCGAGUCCCGCAUCUGCUUCUUGGAAGGUAUCUGGAGCAACCUGUAUGCGGCCAGCCUCCAGGACAGCUUGUACUGGGCCUCGGAGCCCGGCGAGUUCUGGGACCGCUGGGCCCAGAAUCGGGCCAGCCUAGAUAAGGAGCAGGUCCCCCAUCUGAAGAUAGAGGAGCCGCCCAGCACAGCGGGCAAGAUCGCUGGGUUCUUCACCGACCUCCUGACCAGGCGCCCCCUGGCCCAGGCCACCCACAACUUCCUGCGCGGCCUCCAUUUCCACAAGGACUAUUUCCAGCACCCUCACUUCUCCACCUGGAAAGCCACGAAGCUGGAUGGGCUCCCCAACCAGCUGACGCCUGCAGAGGCCCACCUUUGCCUUCUGGACGUCGGGUACCUCAUCAACACCAGCUGCCUGCCCCUCCUGCAGCCCACCCGGGAGGUGGACCUCAUCCUGUCGCUGGACUACAACCUGCACGGCGCCUUCCAGCAGCUGCAGCUCCUGGGCCGCUUCUGCCAGGAGCAGGGCAUCCCCUUCCCGCCCAUCGCGCCCAGCCCGGAGGAGCAGCAGCAGCCGCAGGAGUGCCACGUCUUCGCCACCCCCACCCAGCCCGAGGUCCCGGUGGUGCUGCACUUCCCGCUGGUCAACACCUCCUUCAGGGAGCACUCGGCCCCCGGGGUGCGGCGGACAGCUGAGGACGAGGCAGCGGGGACCGUGAACCUGUCUCCUUCAGACUCGCCUUACCACUACACCAAGGUGACCUACAGCCCCGAGGACACGGAGAAGCUGCUGCGCCUGACACGCUACAACAUCUGCAACAACCGGGAGCGGCUGCUGGAGGCCCUGCGCCAGGCCGUGCAGCGCAGGCAGCGGCGCCAGUGA